AUGGUAGGUUCCCAUUUAUGUUGGCUGUGCAGCUUAACGUCAUUUAUUUAAUCACUGUGCUAACUUAGGCUUCAGAGUAUGAACUGUGAGUUUAGUCGUUUAGCAUGUUUCUUAUCUUAAAUGGUGUAAAGAGAGACUGGAUCAUCACAGUGUUAUCGAGAAAUCUCUCGAACAAAGUGACGCUGUAUACGCUAUAAUCUGCUAUAAAUUGAGGUGAGGAUUAUUGCGUGACUGUCUUUUCCCAAAGGGUAAAAAGGAAAAGAAUGAAACAACUCAAAGAUUCUGUUCUCGAAUUCUUUUUCUCCUAUCUGUUGCAGGUAUGUUUUUUGGGAGCUGUGGGACUCACCUGUUGGAUAAUCAAAGCACCAAUCUCUGCUUAUUGGGCAGUUACCGAAAAUGGCGACGUCUCCCAAUACUUUGCCUGGGUCGCAACGAAGUAUAUUGCUCGCAGCAUUUCCACAGUGUUUCUGAUGGGUCUUUUUUUGAAAGUUAAGGUGCAAUACUUGGCACGUAGAAAUUCGGAAAUGAUUACAAAUCAUUUCUUAGUGCCGGCUAUGAUAUUUACGAUAUUUGGAGCUUUUGUAGAGAGUUUAAUCGAUCAGUAUGUAGGACCGGUGGACAGUAGACUGAGGUUUGUAACUUCGUAUUUAUUUAAAUAUGAUUCCCCAUGUAUGAGUAGUUAGAUACAUAUUGUUGCAAAAUCAUUAUGAUAAGUAGUACCAUUUUGAACCUCGGUUGUCAUUGUUUGCGUUACUUCACUCUGUUCAGCAAUUUUCAAGUCGAUAACAUAUGAGGCCUUGGUUUUUUUAGUGAUACUUUCUUCCAUUCUUUUUCUCUUCUCCAACACCACAGUCAUGGUAAUCACCUUGGAAUUCAACAUUGCCAAAACCUUAACCAUUCUAAAUAUCACUGGCAUCACCAUUGAGUCCAUCUUAGCCUCUCUAUCAUCUCUAUUGCUACUAUCACUUUCUUCGCCUCUUCGUCGUAUAUAUCAUUCAUACAUAUUCGAUUUGUAAAUAAUAUAACAUAGAGCAGGCUACAGCUCAUGUGCUCGUUAGUCCUCCAGGCUUCUCAUGGAUGAAUUAAAAAGUGCGUAAAAGCUUUAAUGGGGUGUGAACAAAGUUCGUUUUUUUUUUAUAGGAGUGAAAUUGAUGAUGUAAGUCUGGGUUUCCUGUUUACAGCUGGUCCACCGAUGUACCUUGGAUUUCUGAUUCAUAUGGUUUUGCAUUUUGUUAUUUUACAAGCAGAGAUUGAUAAACGUAGUUGAGCUCGCACACAUUCUGGUUAAAUGGGUGCAUUGUUCAUGAAUUCAUAAUGAAAAAAAGCUGACAAACACUUUAACUAAUAUAUAUAUGAAUGUUUAAGUAUACGUAAGUAAAUCAUCGUAGACUCCAUUUAACAACAUUACUAAAUAGAGGUUAAAAAAAAAUAACACAACUGCUUCACAAAUGGGUUCUCCAAAUCCGUUUCCUACGAUUUAUGCAAUGGCGGUAAUGAUUCAGAUUUGGCGUAUCUUGGCUCUAAGUAGAGUACCACACUGUAAAAUUAAAAGAGUUGAUUUGGCCCCAAAAAUGGGGCCAAAACGAGUGAGUCCAGUUUGGUACUCGCUUAGGGUCAAUUCGGCCCCAUUGAAAUGGGGCUGUUUUUGGCACCAAUUUUGGGGCUGAAUUGACCCCAUUGUAGGGGCCAAAUUGGACCAUGUGAAGGGUGAAUUUGAAAAAUACAGGGGCCACUUUGAAAUUUAUAGGGGCCAAAACAGCCCCGAAAUUUCAGCCCUCUCACAAAUGGCCCCUUUAAAAAGAGCCAAUUCAGCUCCAAUGUGGGCCACUUCAGAAGUAGAGGGCUCUUUCCUCUCCAUGCUGAUUUUCCCCCUUACAUUCAAAUUAUGAAAAUACACCACAUACUUUAUCUUUCAAACACUCAUUUAUUAGGUUCUAGAUAUUGUUUAUGUAAAAACCUUUUACGCUACCUGAUUUUACAUUUAUUAAGAAUCUUAAUUGUGGUAUAAAACAGACAAACUUCGAAACAUCAUGUGAAAGAAUAUAACAUACAUACAUAUUUAACAUUAAUUCAACCAUUUUCUAAAAUAGAUCUCUUCCCUAAAUCAGUAUACUUCUUAACAGUGCAAGCAUUGCAAGAAAUUACACCCAAGAGACACUUGUGAGUAAAGCUUCCCUUUUCAAUGACUUAGCAAAUGUGGUAAUGUAAAGCAGCUUAUAAUUAAGACUGAUUUAAAGUACAGAAAAUUAUCAAAAUAAGACAGAGGCAACAAAUGGUCCAGUUCCUGCACAAGAAUAUAGAUCUUGUUUGAUUUGUGCAUAUGAAAAACAAAGAGCCUUAGAGCAGCAAAGAGUAUUCUUCCAGUGGAUGUGAGAAUACAUGCACUCAUAUUGCUACUUUAGAUAUUAUCAAAAUAUAAACUAUCAGCAAGUACUACCACAGGCAUUUGCCAAGUCAUUGAAAAUAGAGGAAACAGUGACAAGAGUCUGCCUGUGCCCAAUUUCAAGCAAUGCUUGCUCUAAAAAAAGGCAAAAUUGCCUUUGACCGAUUGUAAGAAAAUAUAAAUGAGCCAAGUAACCCAAUGAGAGCAUCAAGAAUCUUUUCUUGUGAGAAGUGACAAAUUACACUUCCCUCUGUCACUAUAUUCAGGAGAUUGAUGUAUUGAAGAUCUCCAAAAAUUAAAAUUUGUGCUGGACAUAAUCUCUGAUUGCUGAAUCAACAUCAGCUACUCUAUGCAAUAAAAACAAGUUUUACAACCACAUUAAAAUCAAGCCAAAGUGCAAAAAGUGCCUGUAGCCAGAAAAAAAAAGAAUAUAUAUACACACUAUAUAUAAGAAUAUAUAUACACACUAUAUAUACACACGCAUCAAUUCUCUGUGACUGAGUUUUGUGCCUAAGCGCAUGUCAAGCGCUUAGGUGCGAAAUUCAGAGUCACAGAGAAUUGAUGUGUCCUCUUUAAUUCUUUAACUUAUGUAUACUUAGCUCUGCUACCACAGCAUUGAGCACUUUAUGCCAAGGUAGACUCUACCCCCACAUUUACAUAUAUAUAUAUAUAUAAUGUUUUUCUAAAACUAUAAGCUAAAACACCAGAAAUGGAAGUGGAAGUUUAGCCCAAUGGGUGUAAUUUGUCUCCUCUUCAAGACUUGAAAAACUAAUGUAUGACUCCCAAAAUAUCUGAAAAAAAUCAGCUAUUCUAUGUGCAAUAUUUAUCUAAUGGUUUGACAACAGGAAUAUUUUAAAAAAUUGCAAAAUCAAAAAAAAUUAACAAAAAGGCAAAAUUAAUACAACCCCAAAGUACUUGAACCUUUGUAUCUGGACUUCAUUGGCAAAUGGGCUCAGAAAUUUUAGCUGUUCAUCUUAGUACCAAAGUAGCAGUUUUUUGGACUUGUACCUCCAAAAUGGUCACAACUUCAUUAAAUGCAUGUGAUGACAAACACACAAGAACAAAGGUCAUGAACUUAAAAGGUGAGAGUGAUUAUUUUGCAACUUUUUAGUUUAAGGCAAGAGAUUCAGCACCACAAAAUUGUCUCUCUUCACUGCAAGAAGAAGAGGUGAAGCAAUAGAUUUUUAGACCAUACCAAUCCAUUCAGUUUCCAAGUCAACUUAGUCUAGUAUCCUGCUAACCAUACAAGGAUACUCUGCAAAAAUUUUUUUUUUGCAAUCCACUGUUGCUCAGAGUACUUUAGGCUGCUGAUGAGAUAUCCCUUCUGGAUAUCCAACUCUACUGAGGCAGAGAACUGUACAAAAAAACAAACAAAUGAGCAAAUUAAUUUGUUGUUGGAGAACAGUAAAUUUUUGCAACUACAAAGUUGCAAAAUAUUUGUAAGUAAACUGUGCAUAAGAAGUAAAAACACAAUAAUGGUGAUCAUCAAUGAUGUAUUUUCACCAAACUGUAUAUAUACUUAUCAAGAAAAGAAAUCAUACCUCUAUGCACUUCAGUUUUAGUUCAGUAUUCAUGAAUAAAUAAGGAUUGUUUGUAGACUUAAAAAACAAAACAAAGAAAAGUUUCUUACCCUCAAUGGUAGUUGGAAUUUUUAAAGCCAUUCAGGAGGAACCUGUAGGUAAAUAUUUGUUUUCAAAAAAAUUAAACUGUCUGAUAACAUCCUAUCAAUUCACUAAUUUUUUAAUUUACCAGAUUUAAAAAUUGGGUUUACUUUGUUUUAUGCAUGGUGCAAGUAAAUACAUAUCUAAUAUAUUUCAAUAAAAAUAAAUCAAAUCUCGCCAUUUUUGUAGGUGCAAUCCCCGAGAUUUGUCAUCUUUAACUGACCAACUGGCACCUUGUGUGUUUUCCUGAAUACCGGUCACUUCGCAAACGUGUCACUUCGCAAACGUCCUUUGUCACUUCGCAAACGCAUCCAAGUCGAUUCGCAAACGUCUUCGAAUUAUUUUUAAAAAGGUUGAUAUAACUUCAUAUUAUGUUUCUUUACAAUCUUUUAUCGAAGAAAGUUAUAAAAUUAAGAAGUAAUGUAGUAAGUUUUAUCAGCGUGAAAGCUUACUUUUGCCAUUUUGGAAGCUCGGCAGGCAUCCAACUUCUUGGAAUCUUUUCAAUAAAUCUUAUCUAACUCAGUGUCUCGAAGUGUCUCAAUGUCUAGCUUGCUUUUUCAUUAUUUUCUAUCCUUCUUAUUGAUGUCUUAUCGUUACUGUGAUCUUACAUCAGACGAUGACUUUCCUUAUUCAUGUGAAUAUAGUCAUCGGGAGAUCGGUACGUUUCAUUCGAUGAAACGAUUUGUUAUCGAUCGACGCAUACCGUUCACUUCGCGAACGUAGUCGCGAUCCCAGUCGAUUCGCAGACGUGUUCAAAUUAUUUAUAAAAAGGUUGAUUUAACUUCGAAAGAUGUGCAAAACUAAGUAGUUGUACAUUAUUAUUAGCGUUUAGCAGUUAAUACGUCUAAUUCUUCAACAACUCUAAGGCGGUUUCGAUCGAAGCAUAGAUAGAUGUAAAUUUGUGUCUUGUUCCUCUUUUAGAUCUAUCUUGGAUAUGUAUUCAAUACCCUGUCUUCACUUCGUGCGUUCCAGCUUACACGGUUGUCGUCAAUCACACAGAAACCAUCACAUUUGUAAAUAUUUGUAAAUACUAAAGAAUAGUUUAGUAGAUCAUUUAGUGGUUUAAUAAAGUGAUACUGUGCGUGUAUUUUUCUACAUUGCUCGUCGAUCAGUCGAGUCACGCAAUCAAUUCAUCAUUUAUAAUGAUUAAAAGUAACGUGAUUCUCUUCUGUUGAUUUUCGUUGAUUCAUAUUACGUUUGCGAAUCGACUGGGAUGCGUUUGCGAAUCGACCGAGGACGUUUGCGAACUGACAGUUUGCGAAGUGACCGGAUACCGUUUUCCUUUAGGAUAUAAUCGAAAGAAAGUAAUCGAUAAUGUACUCUUCACCAUCCUGCUAAGUUUAGUAUACAAGAACUUACUUAGACAGUGCUCAGUUCUGUCGCCUCGUCCGUAAAACAGAGAUCCUUGGGCGAUUUACCCUUUUCUUUCGGUGCCAAUGUCACCUCUAAAUUUUCAUAAUCGCUGAUGUUAUCUGAAUCAUCAAUCGACGUUUGAACCGUCUUACUCGAAGGACUUGAUUCUGCACGCUGAAAGAGUGAGAGCCAAAAAAUCAGCUUAAGUGGAUGCAAACAAAGACAUAGACAUAAAAAUAUCAGUUCAUCUUUUCAAGAAAAAGAUCAAGAAUUCAGAGUGAGAGAUCCUAAAAUCAGAGAAUCUUGAAAUAAGUUAAAUCCAUCUUGUGCAAAUGCAGUAUUCGAACUGUAACCGUCUCUAUCUCUCGGCGCCAAAUUUGAUCACGUGACUUUAGUUGCGAAACCGCUGAGACUCAACAAGAUUCGGGAGAAGAGGUGAACCAUUCAUGCGUCAAAUUCUCUGGUGGGAAAAUUAAUUAUCGUACCGACGAAGAACUCGUGUCAUCUCUAGGUUCAGCGUUCAUUGCAAUCAAUUUCUCGAGCUUUAGACGCUCUCCUUUUGCCUACCUUUCCUUUCUUAAGUCUCAUUUGCGACUGACGGAUUUCGCUGCUAUAAUUCAGACGGAUUUCUUGCGAACAUGGCGGAAACGUCGAUGAGCAGCUUAGUUUCAACUAUAUAAUCGUAAUAGUUAAAAGUUGGAAACGUUUGAGGAAGAACCAUUCGCCAGCUCUACUUUACCCUCCUCCCUUCUCCCUCGUAUGCCAACGUUCGACGGUAAAUUAGACCAUCAGAAAACAAGGUUAGCCACGAUGCUGUUGCGAAUCCACAAUACCACGUUAAAAUUGUUCUGAUCGUUGUGAGAAAGCUUUGAACGAAUAUGACUGUGUAAUGCUGGUUGGUUAGUGCUCGAACAGAUAAACUCCUGCCUCGGCCAAUACCUCAUUGAUCAUUGCUUUUUAUCCUAUCUUCCUCCUUCACACCCUCUCCCCCCCCUUCUGGGUGGCAACUUUGGGCUUUAGCAUGAUCCUUUUUAUUCAUUAUUCAGUAGUUGUUCACCUCUUUGGUGCUUGUCGACAAUGAGAGGUCGUUCUGACUGAAGCAAAUUCUCUACAACGUUACUGAUAAAUGACACAAAGUGUCUUACACCGAAAGAGUUCCCGUCACGUGCGUGACAGAGACGUUACUUCGAUUCACUGCAAUCCAAAAUAGUGCAUGAGACAAGUGAUCCAUGCGUGUAUCCCACUAGCGAGAGGUUGCUGUGUAAUAAUAUUUGAACAGGCUUUUGAUUAAGGCAAACAGUUAGGUCGGUAUACGCGACAACCUCUUCAUUCAAACUUUAAUCGGUCUGUAUCCUCUUUGGGCUUAUAUACGGGCUAACGGCUAGAGAUAAUCAACAACAGGAUAAUGAAUUUAAUUAUAUGACUAGAAGCGUGACUUAAGGUAACAAAUUCCUAGACAGAAAUUUGACCAACUUCCCCGGAAGUAUCAUUUAAGAGAGUACCACGAACGAACAAUAGCUAACUUCCUUCGAUUCUUGAGCAUCUUGGAAUCACUUUCCAAGAAACUGGAAACUUUCAUAGCUAAGAUGACGCUGACACUCACCUGCAGUGAGCAUGAAGGCCUUGGUGAAGACGAAGUUUCUGUUAUUACAAACCUUAGUAUGGUAAACAAGACAACAAUUGCAUCCCAAGUUGUUGCUGCGAGUUUCUCUGCACUCUUCUACUGGCUGAUAUUCUUCCUUGGAAUUCUUGGCGUUUUCUACAAGCCAUGUGCCAAACUAUCUUCGUCUAGAGGUACUUUAUUCGUAUUUUUUGUAGGAGCACUUGUAAUCGUUGUUAAUAUAUUUCAAAGUGCAACUAAUACUGAAAAUGACCUGCAGGUCAGACAAUACUACCGGCUUUCCACGAUCCCUCUGAUUGGAAUAAUAUUCAUUCUCAUCGGUGUUAAAAUGUUUUUUCGUGUACCAGACGAUGAAAUUGUCCGUCAAGCGACUCUGGGUCGACAUCAGCCUUCCAUGGGUUUGGUAGUUUCUUUAUUAACAGUUCCUCUGAUGGUUAUUGAGAUCGUGCUGCUAUGUGCGUCUCUGAGUAACAGGAAAAUAGACAAGGAUACGAGGAGCUUGACAAAAAUACCAUGGCUCUUUACUAUCAUAGAUAAGAUUAUUUUCCUUCUUCAGAAGGUUACUCAAGCAGGUGCGUAUCUCUAUCUGCGGAACACUAUCAUACGCCAGGGACGCGAAGAAAAUGUUGAGUUUUAUUUUAGGUUGCUGUCCUUCUUCAACUUCAUCCAAUGGAUAGAUACUCAGGUAAACACAGAGAAUGACAUACACUUAAGCGGAAUCAAGAAAGACCUGAGCAGUUUUUCUGAUGUAUUUACGAGUUUAUACGAAGCACUAAUAAUAGACUAUCGUCUAAUGUGUGCGUUGCUAUUUCUUGAACAUUCGUUCGAGGUUCAAAAUGAAGGCAGCGCGAACAAUUCCACGUAUCAACAACAGGAUAACUUGAGCCAUUCCGGGGCUCAAUAUCAAGUGGACCCAAACGAUUCCAUCGAAGUUGCCAGUCACGGAAGCGCGAGUAAUUCCGCUGAUCAAGAACAAGAUGAUUUGAACCAUUCCAUAGUUCAGGGUCAAGGCGACCGGAGUAAUUCAGAAGAUGCUCGAGUUCAAGCUGUAGAGCCUCGCAACCAAAUAAGAAAAGGCUUUGGAUAUGCGCUUGGUUCUUUAUGUUUGAUCCCCCCUGUACUCUGUGGUCUUCAAGUUGUGAAGACAUUUAAGAUUGGAUCGUGGGUAGCUAUAUUUGCCAUUAUCGUCAACUUCUUUAUUGUUUCCUGCGGUGCCAAUCUCCUUCACCACAACUAUUUGGAUGACGAUGGACAAGCGAAAUCAAAUGGAGUAAAGAUAAUGGUAGGAAUAAAAUUUGUAUCGGUGAUCUAAUAGGGUUAAUUCAUUCACCAAAUAUGACCCGUAAGGCCCCGCUCGGCCAAACGGGUUGACGUGAGCUUGUCUGGGAAAAGCCGUCUGGCCCUAUAUACGGCAUUUUUUUUUUUGCAAAAACUGAAAAGAAAAAAUAAAAAAGUAAAAAAAAAAACAAACAAAACAAAAGAGCGCGUUUCGAUGAAUUCUGAGUUUCUUCUGACUCAAAAAAAGGCAAAGUAUAAGUUUUCACUGAAGAAUCUAUUUUUGUGGUUGUCCCGCGUGCGCCCGUCUAUAGCGUCCAGGUCGAAAAAAAAAUUUUCGAAGUGGUCAUAUGAUAACAUCCUUAUUGAUUGGGUCUGGCCGGGCCGGACGGGAAAAUAUUUGGCUGGAGGUCUAAGCGCGUCUAUCAAUAAGUACAUAGCAUUAUUAUGAGGCCGUUCCCCAAAAAGACUGGAAACAACCAAAUUGAAGGAUUUGAUUGGCUGAAAUCGAGAUUGGCCACGGUCUAGAUUUUCCCGUCCAGCCCGAAAUCUAGACAGGUACAAACUAAUUGUAUCAUUUUUCAACAAUUUAAGCAAACGUUCGCAAACUUAAAUCCAGCAAAAGAAAUUAUGAGCAUAGAAAGAAGUCAAAAUUGCAAAGUUUUUAAAGCGCGGUUUCAAGCGAGGUUUUCCAGGUGUAAGUACGUUCAAUUCGAAAACAAAAACAAGUCAGCACUUCCGCAUCACCAUCGGUCAUCAGCAGAAACAGUUUUAUGCUUCGUAAUUAACAUUUCUUCUUUUUUCCAUAGGUUUGUCUUUUAGGCGCAGUUGGUUUUGUUUGCUGGAUGUUGGAGGCCGCCAUCUUUUCCUUUUGGGCUUCUCCUGAAUCAGAAGUCCCGCUCCACCGAUCAUGCAUUCUUUGGGAAGCCUUAAAAUAUUUCGUGCGCAGUUUAACGACAGCAUUUCUCAUUUUCUUAUUCAUAAAUAUAGACGCCCGCACUUUUUCAUAUCAGACGAGCAGCAAAAAUCACUUUCUUGUACCUGCUGUGAUGUUGGGAGUUUUCUCUAUGUUCGGCGAGGGCUUGAUUGAUCAGAAAGUUGGACCACUGGAUCAACUCCUAAGGUUCGUAACGGCCUCCCUUUCUACCAUUAAUAAGAUAAGAGUAGCAAAGAUAACAACAGAUCUUAAGAAAAUCAAGGGGCCGCCUUAUGGUCGUGUGGGGUUCAAAUGAACGAAAAAUAGCGUCCAAUUAAUUGAAUGUUAAAUUUAGCGUUUUACUCUCCUGAUAAUCUCAUUCCACUGUCGUUGUCACCGCAAAGUCUCCCUCUUGAAACAGAAUUGACGCGCUUACACAUUGGCCAUGUUACAAUGUUAUUAACGAAUCUUUUAAAAUACUCCUUAAAUUUCGAGACAGAGCAGCACAGAAACUCCUUAUGACAUUCUGUAAUCUAUUUUGAGAGUGAUUAACCAGGCGGAGGACUGGAGUGAAAGUGUAAAGUGUUUAACACAGUAAUACUUAUCAGCGAUGUUUUUUUUGAUAAUUUAACGCUGAACGUAUUUCCUUCUUAGGAGUACAAUCAAGAAUGACAGCCUGAGAAUUCUGAUUGAGGCAGGUCCGCCACUGUACCUUGGGUUCCUUAUUCACGUGUUUCUCUAUUUCAUAAUUAUAGCAGGUCCAGAUAACAGGGGUAACGUAGCGAUACAUCGGGAAACAAGAGAGCAU